GGAGCGCGGCGGGCGCGGCGGGCGCGGGGCGCUCCGGGCGGUGCGGGCCGGGCCGGGCCGGGGCCGCCCCGCCAUGUCCGUCAACAUGGACGAGCUGCGGCACCAGGUGAUGAUCAACCAGUUCGUGCUGGCGGCGGGCUGCGCCGCCGACCAGGCCAAGCAGCUGCUGCAGGCGGCACACUGGCAGUUCGAGACAGCCCUCAGCGCCUUCUUCCAGGAGACCAACAUCCCCAGCAGCCACCACCCCCCCCAGAUGAUGUGCACCCCCAGCAACACGCCGGCCACGCCGCCCAACUUCCCGGACGCGCUGGCCAUGUUCUCCAAGCUGCGCACCUCGGAGAGCCUGCAGAGCAGCAACAGCCCCAUCACCUCCAUGGCCUGCUCCCCCCCGGGCAGCUUCAGCCCCUUCUGGGCCUCCUCGCCCCCCAACCACCAGCCCGCCUGGCUGCCCCCGUCCUCGCCCACCGCCCACGGCCUCCACCACCACCUGCACCACCCGCAGCCCUCCUGGCCGCCCGCCCCGCCGCCCCCGGGCCCCCCACAGAAAGCCGUGGCCACCAUGGAUGGGCAGAGAUAAGGUUGGGGCUGUUGGGGGGUCAGGGGGGGCCGGGCCGGGGCGUUGGGAGCAGGGGCUCGCCGAGAAACGCACUGGAAUAUCAUUUUCUAGGUUUUAUUAUUAUUUUUAGGGGAGGGGGGUGGAGCAAAUGCUGCCAGGGAGGGCGCUGAGCCAUGAGAGUCUCUGGCUGCUCUCUACUCCCCUUUUUUUAAAAAAAAUAUAUAACUAUAAUAUAUAAAUAUAUCUAAUGUAUAUAAAUCCAGAGAGAAGGAGCAGCAGCGUGGAGGCAGCUGCUGGGUGUCUGGGGUUUUCCCUGUGGCUUUAUCCCCACCCAGCAUCUCUACAUCAGGGCAGGGGAGGACAGGAAUAACAAAAACAAAUGGGUGGAGGUGGCUGUUGGCACCUCAGAUCAUCAGCCACACACACAUGGAGCCGCUGGACACCCUCCCCAGCUCUGCCUUCCCUGGGCACUUGUUGUUGCAGUGCCCAGAGCAAAAGCAGCUCUCUGGCUCCCGAAAUUCAGCCCGGCUUCUUGCACAGACCCCCCCUGGACUUGCCCCCAACCCCAUCCUCCCUCCCUCAGCACCCCCAGGGCCUGGGGGUUUAUCAAAGUGAUGUCCCCCUGUCCCUGUGACUGCCCAAGUGGUGCUUCCCCAGGCAGGGGGGAGCUGGGGGUUUUUUAGUUUUCAAAUCAAUGUUGCUUAAAAAAAAAAAAAACAAACAGAAAAACAAACCAAAAAAAACCACAAAACCAUAAAAAAGACCCAGCAAAAAACAGGUUGAAGGUUUUUUAUUAAUUUAAAAAAUAAUAAAAAUUAAAAAAAAAAAAAUCACUUUUUUAA